UCAAUGGUGUCACUGAAGCUAAGCUUAAACAAUCAGCAUCUCAAAUGUGGUGUUUAUUCAGGUUCUUGCCAAUCAUGAUUGGUGAUAAAGUGGAUGAGCAACUGGAAAACUGGCAUUGUUUGCUGAAACUUUGGAAUAUUGUUCAAAUUUGUACUUCUCCAGGAAUAACAAAGGCUGAUGCUGCCUAUUUGAAAGUUAUGAUUAAUGAUCAUCACAAAAUGUUCAAAAAUCUCUACCCUAAUGCAUCCAUAAUUCCAAAAAUGCAUUAUCUUAUACAUAUACCUGAUGAAAUUGUUAGGUUUGGGCCACCUAGAAAUAUCUGGACCAUGAGAUUUGAGGCUAAACACAGUUUCCUGAAAAGUUCAAUUACCAAGAACUUUAAAAAUGUCCCCAAAUCACUUGCAUUUUCCCAUCAAAGGAACAUGUGCUGGAACCUUCUGAGUUCUCCCAAGCAGCCCUUGACUAAUUACCUGUAUAGUGGUGAUGUUGUUGGAUUAGGCGAUCACAAUGUUGAUUUGCACAGCCAUCCAUAUUUUGGCAUGAUAGCUCAAGCUGCUAGUGUUGAUCAACUGGCACAGCCAUGUAAAGGAAGCAGGCAUGUUAGGCAUGUGGAGAUUCAUGGCAUAAUUUACAAGCCAGGAUGUGCUCUGCGACUGCAGGAAAUGGAUGAGAUUGGUGAGAGAGAUUAUCCGGUUUAUGGUGAAGUGGAAGAAAUCGUUGUUUGGGAAGAUAGAAAAUUUUUUGUUGUUCGAGUUUUGGAGACAUCUGCUUUCCACAGACAUUUUAUGUGCUACCAAGUUCAUAAAACUAAUGAAAGGCUUGUUGUAGUAAUUCAAAACUUACCCUGGCAUGGGGUUUUGCAUAUUAUUAAAUCUAAUGGAAAAUUUUAUAUAGUUGAAAAAGAUAGUUCAAAUGUAGAAGACUUUGUGAUUAAUUGUGAAUAA